AUGGACAGACUUCUAAAACUCACAGGAUUUGGUUGGGAUGACGAUGACAAAAUGAUAAAAGCUCCAGAAGAUAUUUGGGAAGAACUAAUUAAGAAGGAUAAGGCUAUCCAAGAAUAUCGAGAUAAGGUGUGGCUUAGUUGGAUAGAUCUUCAAGCCAUAUGUGCUAGUUCAACAGCAUCUGGAGCUGGUGCUGUAUCUAGCAAAGGAAAAGAUGGUACAUGUACGACCAAAUCUUCACAAAUUGAUCUCAAUACGGAAGUUGAAGUACAUGACAUCGAUUCUGAUGAAAUCAAUGCUUCCCCUGGUGUCUUCACCAAGAAGUCAACUACCAUUGAGCCAGAAAAAAAGAGGUCCCCUGGAAGUGGAUCCAAGGGAACUGGAUCUAUGAACAUUUCGGAUGUGCCAGAUGAUGAACUUUCUGAUUCCGAACAAGUGCUUAUUAAUAACAUUUCUGCAGUGUCCUUGUUUCGCGAUGUGUUGUUCACAAGGUUAUUCAGAACGCCCCGUAACACUUCUAUAUUAACUGGUGCUCAGAAAACGAUAGAGUUUUUAGAGGGAUGUCCAGUUAGAUUUUAUGAACAAUUUCGUCUUGAGAAGCACAGAUUCUACUUGUUGCAGGAUGCUUUGUGCGAGAGGAAGUUACUUAAGGAUACAAAUCAAAUGACAGUGGACGAACAACUACUCAUGUUUCUACAUACAAUUGGUCACAAUGUUAGAAACCGUGUCAUCCAAGAUAGAUAUCAGCAUUCUGGUGAACCAAUCAGCCGACACUUCAACAAAGUUUUAGACGCCAUAAAUGGUUUGCGUGAUGUUUGCAUAACAGAUUCAAGCAAUCAAGUCCCAUCAAAAAUAUUGGGUGACGCAAGAUUCUACCCAUAUUUCAAGAACUGCCUAAGAGAAAUUGAUGGGACACAUAUUGAGGCAAAAGUCAGGCUUGAUAAGCAAACUCCUUAUAGAAACAGACAUGGUUAUCCGUCUCAAAAUGUAAUGGCAGUAGUGUCAUUUGACAUGACAUUCUCUUAUGUCGCUGCUGGAUGGGAGGGUUCUGCAUCGGAUCAAGCUGUUCUAAGAUGGGCUGUGACUAGUGGGGGUUUAGUUGUUCCUGAAGGUAAAUUUUACCUUGUUGAUUCAGGCUACGCAAAUACUCCAAGAUUUAUUGCCCCGUAUCGUGGAGAUCGCUAUCAUAUUGCUUCUUUUCGUGGAAGUAAUCGGCGAUAUACUAGUGAGAAGGACUUGUUCAACCAUCUACAUGCACAGUUGCGGAAUGUUGUUGAACGAACUUUUGGUGUUCUAAAAGCUCGUUUUCCAAUUCUAAGUAGGAAAGGAGGAAUUCCUUAUCCAUACAGAACUCAAGUGAAAAUUGUUAUGGCUUGUUGCAUUAUCCACAACUUCAUAAGGAAGGUUAAUCAUCCUGAUGAGUUAUUCGAGGUUUAUGAGCAUGGGGAAACAGAACAAAAUACUGACCAUGGUGAUCAACAAGUUAAUGGGCAAGCAAGAGAAGAUGAUAGAGUUGCUGGUGAGAGACUUGGAAUCCCCAUCCGCUACAGCUGCCUGCUGCCCCCGGCGCCGCCGAUACAGGCUGAUGUCGGUGCAGCCUGCAUGGCCGGCGUUGAGGGGAGGCAGGCCUGUGCGUUGACCUGA